AUGGAUCCACACAGAAAUAAGGCUGCAAAGAGCAGCAAAGACCAAAGAGAGCUUCAAGAAGAAGCUACUAGGGCGCCAAACACCAAUCCAGCUGAAGACCAACCCGCAACUGGCCAUACGCGCUCCGACUCUGCACCAAGCCCUCGCAACCACCCAAUCCCUCAACCAGUCCAUCCACCCUUCUCUCCUUUCCCACCCGCCCAACUUGAUCGAAGUAUGUUCCAAAGAAGAGACGUACCCCCCUUCUCGCCUCUUCCCGUCUCCCACCUAUAUCCGGCUCCUCUCCCUACCAGAGAGCCGAAUCAUGGGUUCUCUCCGGCCUUCCCCCUUGGUACAGGAGCCGCUAUCGUCGCUGGUGGUGGCAUGGAGAACACUGACGCCGGUCUCCCCACCAAUCGCCCGAUCCCCAAGAGAAGAUAUACCAAGCGACAACCGAAAUCCGGUUCUAAUACUGCUACUAACACCUCUCCAACUUCCUCUGCCAAGCCCUCGGGUGUCAAGAAGUCAAAGAGUGGUUCUUCUUCUGUUAGAGCACCUACACCGAGUAAUGAGGACUCGUCUGCCCGUCUUGAGCGUAUUGCGAGGAACCUUAACGCUGCGAUGGCUUCGGUUCAAGCUAAUCUCGCUGAAGCUGCAGCAGUUGCUGCCCAUGAGGCGGCUGCUAGAGCUGCUUUUAUUGCUGCUAAUCCUGGAGCUCUCCUUCAGAGAGAAGAUUCUGAUGAAGACGAAGAAGAAGGUCGGUUAUCCAGCAAAACCUUCUUCAUCCUAGGCAUCGUCGCCGGUUGUCCUAUAUUCAGUCAACGUCGUACAGUCAUGGUCUUGAGUGAUAAGAGGAGUUCAGCAUACCUGCAUGCGCAGAUUCAAUAA